UCGAAUGGAGCGACGGCAGCGUCGGCACCGCGCAAAAUGCUGAGGAGAAAACCCAGCAAGAUCGAAGUCAAGAUCGAAGACAAGGACGAGCUCGAGGAGGCCCGGAAACGCUCCACCGCCGCCGCCGCCUCCUCCGCCGCCCCGCCCCCGGCGCAUCCUCCAUCCUCCAGCACCUCGACCGCUCCUCCUCCAACCUCCCCUCCAAGUCCCAACGCAUCGGCCUCUCCUCCUCCUGAUCCCUUUCCCCCCCCCGGGAAACCCUAGAGCGCGAUGGAAGUCGAGGUCAAGCUCCGCCUCCCCGGCGCCGACGCCCACCGCCGCGUCGCCUCCCUGCUCUCCCCCCACCGCCUCCGCACCGACCGCCAGGAGAACCUCUUCUUCGACGGCGCCGCCGGCGAGCUCUCCUCCCGGCGCGCCGUCCUCCGCCUCCGGUUCUACAACGGCGACGCCCGCUGCGUCGCCUCGCUCAAGGCCAGGGCCGUCCUCGUCGACGGCGUCAGCCGCGUCGAGGAGGACGAGGAGGAGCUGGACCCGGCGAGGGGCCGGGAGUGCGUCGCGGAUCCGGGGAAGAUGGGGUCGAUGGGCUCUAGGGUUCUGAGGCGGUGCAGGGAGGAGUUCGGGGUGGAGUUCGUGGGGCUGGGAGGGUUUGGGAAUGUGAGGGAUGUGUACGAGUGGAAAGGGUUGACGUUGGAGGUCGACGAGACUAAGUACGAGUUCGGGACGUGUUAUGAGAUCGAGUGCGAGAGCAGCGAUCCCGAGGCCGUGAAGAAGGUGAUUGAGGAGUUCCUGAAGGAGAAUGGGGUUGAGUAUAAGUAUUCGGAGGCGUCCAAGUUUGCGAUUUUUCGGUCCGGGAAGUUGCCAGAGUAGUCGUCAUGGACGGGCAGCUGACGACCUUUUUCACUACGAAUAAUCCUUUUUUCUUGUGGCCAUCGGCUCAAGUAUCCAUAUCAAUGAGUAGAGAAGUUGGAGGUUCCAAGGAAUGUUGUGAACUCGCGAUCGGAUGAGGCUGCAUGCUACUCUAAUUAUUCGCAUAUGUUGAGUGCUUGCAGCACUGUUUCUCAUUAACAUCUUUUCCCCUGGACCAAGUCGUUAUAGAACUCAUGUACUACGGUAAUACAUAUUGGGGAUGUCAACUAUCUGCAAGAACCAUUGUGGAUAGUCAGAUUGUGAUCAGGGAACUCUGGCAAUUUGCUUAUUUUCAUCUAUGUUUUUUUUUUUUUUUUCCAAA